UAAAUGUGAGAAUUAUCAUCGAUCUGUCCGGGAAACAGUCAGCGUUUCGGCUCCAACCACGUGUUUUCUUGAACAAAGUAAAGGUGUAAAGGGUUAAAGAUCACCUCAGCAGCGGAUUCAGACUCAGCAGGCUUGCUCCCUGCUCUCAUCGCUCCGCGGGCAGCGCUGGCUCGCUUCGAUAUUUCAACUCGCUGUGGAUUGUGGGAGUCGAGGACACUGCCCAGGCUUGUUAUCGGAGAACCGGAGACAUUUUUUCGCUGUGCCCUGUUCUAGCCCAACACUGGUAGCGGUCUCAGCACCAUGUCUAGCCGAGGAGGAAAGAAGAAGUCGACCAAGACGUCCCGGUCCACCAAGGCCGGGGUCAUCUUCCCUGUGGGGCGCAUGCUGCGCUACAUCAAGAGAGGCCUGCCAAAAUAUCGCAUAGGGGUGGGAGCGCCUGUCUACCUGGCUGCUGUCCUUGAGUAUCUAACUGCCGAGAUCCUGGAGCUGGCAGGUAACGCGGCCAGAGACAACAAGAAAGGUCGUGUCACACCACGACACAUCCUGCUAGCCAUCGCCAAUGAUGAGGAGCUGAACCAGUUGCUGAAAGGUGUGACCAUUGCGGCAGGUGGAGUCCUGCCCAACAUCCAUCCAGAGCUGCUGGCCAAGAAGAGAGGAGCAAAAGGCAAACUUGAGACACCCGUUUCACCCGCCCCUGAGAAGAAACCCAAGACGGUCAAGAAAACAGCAGCUAAGAAGCUGAGUGGCAAAAAGGGAAGAGGGAAAGCUAAGCAGGGUGAGGUGAGCAAGGCGGCGUCAGCAGACAGCACCACAGAGGGAUCUCCAGCCGACAGCUUCACUGUGCUCUCCACCAAGAGCCUCUUCCUGGGUCAAAAGCUCAACCUUAUCCACAGCGAGGUCAGUAACUUGGCUGGCUUUGACGUGGAGGGGGUCAUCAACCCCACCAAUGCUGAACUUGAACUUAAAGAUGAUCUAGGCUCUGCUCUGGAAAAAAAGGGAGGGAAGGAGUUCACUGAAGCGCUGCAGGAGCUGAAGAAGAAAAACGGUCCUCUGGAGGUGGCCGGUGCUGUCUUGACCGCCGGCUUUGGUCUGCCUGCUAAGUACGUCAUCCACUGUAACAGUCCAGGCUGGGGCUCCGACAAGUGUGAGGAGCUGCUGGACAAGACGGUGAAGAACUGCCUGGCUCUGGCCGACGAGAAGAAACUGAAGUCUGUGGCCUUCCCUUCCAUUGGUAGUGGAAGGAAUGGUUUCCCGAAGCAGACGGCGGCCCAGCUGAUCCUUAAGGCCAUAUCCAGCUACUUUGUGGCCACCAUGUCUUCCACCAUCAAGACCGUCUACUUUGUGCUGUUUGACAGCGAGAGCAUCGGGAUCUACGUGCAGGAAAUGGCCAAGCUGGAGACAAGCUAAAAGAGUUUGGAGUAUUCUUCUCCUUGUUCCUUUUUCCUCACCCCGUUUUUUCCUGCAAGUAAAUAGGAAAGUGUUUACUAGUGAUUUGUUAAAUAUGAAGAGAAGAAGAAAAAGAAGAAUCUUUCUAAAGGCCGGGAACUUGUUUUUGCAUUAUGUUUGUAUUUUUCCUAUAUAGUUUUUAAUUUCUUAUUUACUUGUCACCUCUGACAUUUAAAUGUAAAAGUGCACUGUCCAUUCUAGAGUCUUUCAAUACAAACGGUGACACACAAAACAGAUUCAACAAGUGAGAAGACUCACUUUAAGAUUUAAUUUUCAUUAUAUAUUAAAAAAAAAAAAAGAUGUUACGCGAGAAAGCUACACCUCAAUUACAAGGCUUCCAGAGAA